CUUAAUAAAAUAGAAGCUUUAUAACUUCUUGACAAAACACAUCACCUUUGUCUCAUGAUCCCUCAGUGAAAGUGUUGAUUCCAACAAAAAUAUCUAAACCCAUAAAGGUCAUAAAAUACAAAUCAAAAACCUUCACAUUAUUUUACAAGAGUAAGCUAAAGCGCUUCCCUUUCAUAUUUCCCCAUUUAAAAAACUGCUGAGCUGGAACAAAUAAAACAAGUUUAGGGUUGUGUCUACAUUAAAAUAAAAAGAAAAAACAGAAAUAAAAUUAGUCAUUUAAAAAGUAUUAAAGUGAGAACUUGAGAUAAUAAAUGGAUAGAGGAUAAUGUAAAUGUCUCAUUAAGAGGUGAGAAGUAACUUUCUGUUAUCUGAAACAUUCAACUGUAAUGACAACUAAGAAAAUGUUUUUGUUUUUUGUCUAGUUGUAAGAUUUUCAGUUGCAAUGAUUCACAUUUUAUCACUAAAGAGUGAUUUAAAUCUCUUCACUGAUAGAAUAGUGAUUAAAUUUCACUAAGUCUUAACUUCAUGUGCAAGUAAAUACUGUGGAUAAACAGUUUUUCAUGCCAUUUGUAUCAAAUCAUAUACAAAUCAAGUAUGUAUUAUAUGUGUUUAAUAUUGUGUAGGAUGCAGCUCUGGAGACUGUAAGUCUGAAAGAGUGUAAAUACAGAAGUUUCCAUUUAAAGCUACGCACAAAAAAGCAAACACCUUUAACCUAACUUAACCCUUCACUUAUUAAAAAGAUUAUGUUGAGUUCAUCCAGCUGUUGAGUUUUUGUGUUUUGAAAUAACUUUGUUUCAUAGCAGAAAAGACAGUUUCGGAGUAUGAAAAGUUGCUUGAUUUAAAGUAAAAUGUGUAUAGAUAUAUAACACAAAAUAGUUAAAGAUUUUGUGUAAUUUGGAUGUCUUUUGAAAUAUUUGGAUAUUUUUCAUAGCAGAAAAGAGAGUUUUGGAAUAUUUCAAAUCAAACGCUGCUUGAUUUAAAAUAAAGUGUGCACAAAUGCUUUCUAUUUUGAUAAAUAACUCGCCUCUUUUUAUUUUCUUUAUAUUUCAACUAAGAAUCAAAGUUCCACUCAAACAUACACCAGUUUUUGUUGCUUAAUACACGCAGCCAUGAAUGAGAACUAUCUUAUCAAGUCACAGGUUAAUCAGGUUAAUGACCCUCUAAAUUCAGCUUAUCAAGAGCUAAAAAAACGCAUCGUUAGCAGGCCUGAUGAAAAAGAGAACCAGAUCAAAGAAGUUCUCACAAAAAAUGCCUGGAUAAAGUUAUGAUAUGACUUAGUAUAAAGGCACAAACCUCUCAGAGCUGCAUCAAAGUCUUCACACUGAUUUUUAAGGUAAGACCACUAUUUUGAACUUUGGCAAGAAAGUUAAUGGCUAAACAUUUUACAAAAGCCUCUGUUUCUUUACAGUUUCUUUUCAAUUUCCAUCAGAACUGUUUUUGUGGAAAUUCAAGCUGAAUUGAAAGUGUUGUUUUAGACCAGCUAGUAUAUUUGGGAUUUCUAAAGAGCAAUGGGAUCUUAAUGUUUUCCACAUAUUUUUGUCUCUUUUGUUAGAUGAUGAAGCUGCUGCUCUUAGUGGGAAUGCUGACAGCAUGUGCUGCAGUGAACCAAGAUCUGUCUGGCAAGAUGUUCACCUUCCCACUUCAAACCAACACAACUCAUGUGAAGCUAAAAACUACAAAACAGGAUUUUAAUGCAGUAACUGUUUGUCAAAGAUCCUUUACAGACCUCCAAAGAACCCACGUCCUAUUUUCUUUAGCCGUACCCACUUUUGCCAAUGGCUUUAUGGUUCUUUGGGAUGGCUCUGGCAAAGACUUGGUGAUCUUCACCCAGGAUAAAUUUGCAGUAUUUGGAAAAACUGACUACAAGCAAAACACAUGGCACUCUAUCUGCACCACCUGGGACUCCGCAUCUGGAUUGGUGCAGCUGUGGUUGGAUGGACUACCAUCAGUUAGAAAAUUUACCAGCUCUGGAUCAAACAUCAGAGGAUCUCUCAUAAUUAUGUUAGGACAGGAGCAGGACAGUCAUGGCGGCGGGUUUGACAUGAAGCAGUCUUUCGUUGGGAUGUUGUCUGAUGUCCACAUGUGGGAUUACGUCCUCUCUGCCUGUGAGAUCCAGAAAUAUGUGAAUGAACAGAACUUCACUCCAGGAAAUGUGCUGAACUGGGCGGCUCUGGAUUAUCAGAUAGUAGAAAAAGUGGUGGUAGAGAAUAAAGGUUUGUUCUUGAACUGUUAAACUAAUACCAUCACUUACAAAAAGUCGCAAUCAUAAAAGAAUGCCUGAUAUUAAAUAAUUGCUCUUUAUAUUCUUUUUUGUUGUUGUUGCUUCUUUUGAGACAUGCUUUUCAUGGGAAAAGAAUAACACACUCCCCACCCACUCACAUUCUCCGGUGAGUCACACACUGGUAUAUAAUGAGUACGAGACACUGUCUUCCUGUCACACAACCAGUCUAACAGAAUGCUUUAUGUGAGGGAGAGGUAAAUUGUAACUAUCUGUUCUUAUAAAAGCUUUGUUUUGUCUAUUAAUAAAUGAGAAAAGCCUGUGUUGCAUA